UUCGCCCGUUUCUUAUUUUAGAAGGGUGGGAGUGUGGUGGUCGCCCUUCUUUUCCUAUUUUGGAGAAGGGAUCCCCCGUUGUAGCGAAUUCCGACCCCUCGUUGUCGGCGACACGGAAUGACGCGAAUGCGGUGACGUGGGAUUGGGUUUCUGCCGUUCGGGGAAUACAGUGCGCUACAAGACGUAGGAGGGAAAUAUUCCAUGUUGUUCUGUGUUUGCUGGAGAAGGAUAGACUAGAAGACGCGACAAAAGGUUGGCCGAGUCUGCUCCCUCUGGCCUUCACCCCCCGGUCUCCCAGCUCUGUGCCAUGUCAUUGGAGGAGACGUCAGACCUGACCAAUCACAACGCCGCGUGUGUGACCUCCUCCUCCUCGCUGAACUUUGACCUCCGCUCGCCGCACGGUGUCCUGAUCGAGGCCGAGCUCGGCGGCAAGGGCAAGGCCAAGGGCACCGCCUCUUCCUCGUCCUCCUCUUCCUCCUCCUCGCCGAAGAACCGCCGGGCCCACCUCACCGCGGUCAACGGCGCCAUGGUGGGCGUCGACGAGGGCGGGGCCAACCUGCAGCGGAACCAGGAGAACCUGGCGGCUCGUCGGGGCAGCCAGGAGCUUGUCGGAGGAGGCGGCGGCAGCAACACCAAGUGGGUCAAAGAGGGUCAGAACCAGCUCCGCAAGGUAGCCGAGAAGCAGCAGGACCAGAACCGCAACCGGUACCCGAGCCUGGGUUCGGACCCCAGCCCCAACCGGAAGGAGGACUCAGCCGGGGAGAAGGAGAAGGAGGAGGAGAAGAAGGAGGAGAAGAGCCUGAGGGAGCUCUGCUCCGAGCUGGAGGCCAAGAACGCAGCCAACGAACCGCUGCUCAUCGACACCUCGGCCCCGUCGUCAGGGCAACGGGAGGAGGAGGAGGAGAAGGAGGGAGGGGAGGAGGAAGGAGGAGAGAGGGAGCGGGCGGAGGAGGAGGGUGGAACGAGAGACGAGGAGGAGGAGGGUGGAGAGAGAGACGAGGAUGAGGAGGAGAAGGAGGAAGAAGAGACGGCCGUAACCCCCGGCAACGGAGCGAAGGACCCGGACGCUGACCUGUCCUCGGACACCACCAGCCGCAGCGAGUCGCGGAAGGACGGCGGGUUUGGGAUCGGGGGCCCCUGCCUGCUGUUCCAGGGCCAGACUGGGGCCCCCAGCGACGAGGAGGCCAGCUGGGCCUCGCUGUCCCAGGCCAGCACUGCCAACAGCACCCCCGUGGGGGACCCAGAGUCGUACUGGGACCGCAGUGCCUUUGAAACGGACUCUGAUCUGCCGGCGGGGUGGAUGAGGGUUCGAGACACCUCUGGCACCUACUACUGGCACAUCCCCACGGGCACCACCCAGUGGGACCCCCCCUCCCCCCUGGAGGAGGGCGGGGCCCCCAGAGACCCCUCCAGCACGUCCCCUGGGCUCACCCCCACCGAGGAGCCAGAGCUGACAUGGAGCAGCGUUUCUCGACCCAACACGUUUGAUGAUGGUGAUAGCUGGAAGGAGGAAGACGUGGCCCCGGACAGAAGCCUGAAGGAGUUUGAGGGAGCUACCCUCCGCUACGCCUCCAUAAACCUCAGCUCACAGUCAGAAGAGCAGGAGAAACUGACUUCACUCAGCACAGACCUGGAAGCCAAGUGCUUUGCGGUGCGCUCUCUGGGCUGGGUGGAGAUCUCAGAGGAGGAAAUGGCCCCUGGAAAGAGCAGCGUUGCCGUUAACAACUGCAUCCGUCAGCUGUCCUACCACAAACACAACCUGCACGACACGGCGGGCAUCUGGGGAGAGGGUAAGGACAUGCUGCUGGUUCUGGAGAAUGAGACUCUGAAGCUGAUGGACCCGUUGGAUCAGAACCUCCUGCACUCCCAGCCCAUCGUCAGCAUCAGGGUUUGGGGCGUCGGCCGGGACAACGGCAGGGAGAGGGACUUUGCGUACGUGGCGCGGGACAAGCCCACGCAGGUGCUCAAGUGUCACGUGUUCAGGUGUGACAUGCCCGCCCGGAACAUCGCCACCAGCAUGCACGACAUCUGCUCCAAGAUCAUGGCUAAGAGGAAGUCCUCCAAGUCCUGUCUGAACAGGCUCAACAUUGACCCCUCCAAACUGGUGGAUAUUCCUUUCCAGGAAUUCCCUGCACCAAAGAAUGAGCUGGUCCAACGCUUCCAAGUGCGUUACCUUGGUAACGUGCCAGUGGCCAAACCCGUAGGUAAGGAACGCUUUGGCGUGGACACGAUCAACGUCGCCGUGGAGACGGCGCUGAAGGCUAAGGAGGGGCUGGAUUGGCCGGCGGUGACGGUGGACGUGGCGUCCGCCACCCUGACCAUCCGCUGCACGCAGACGGAGGAAGUGAUGUCGGAGUGCCGCGUGCGUUUCCUGUCCUUCAUGGGCGUGGGGAGGGACGUGCACACCUUCGCCUUCAUCAUGGCGGAGGCCCCCGGCGACUUCAUCUGUCACAUGUUCUGGUGCGAGCCGAACGCCGCCAGCCUAUCAGAAGCGGUGCAGGCCGCGUGCAUGCUGCGGUAUCAGAAGUGCCUGGACGCGCGCCCCCCCAGCUCCGGCUCCUGCCUGCCAGGCCCCCCCGCUGACUCCGUGGCCCGCCGCGUGGGCUCCAGCGUCAAGAAGGGGGUGCAAAGCCUGCUGGGAACCUUCAAAUGGGCGGGGUCCCAGACGCCGUGAAGAGGGUGAACCGGCCCCCCUCCCCCCCCACAGCCCCCACCUCUGCACCCUCCACACAGCUGGCCCCGCCUUCACUGUCAGUCACAGCCCCCUGCCCCAAUCAGACUCCUCCUCCCCAGCUCCUCACUCAAAAUGUUCAAACGGGUGGGGUAGCCCCGCCCCCUCUGUCACUCACCAGAGUGGUCCACUCUGGCUCCUCCCCCUCCUCACCACACUGGGUGCCUGGUUUGGUUCUUCCAGUCCUCAGUGUCAGUAUGUGACACCUGGGAAAUGGUUUCACUGUUAAUACCCUUAAUACCCCCCCCCCCCGUUCAUACCCCCGGGUCUCCUGUAAAUGCCCCGAGACUCAGGUAACUCUUUUCGGUCUGUGUGGAGUCUCUUUCUGUAGAAUAGUCUCAGGGGUGUCCAUCCGCUGGGAACACCUUACAUUUUAAUCCUCCUUGUUCUUCACUGGAGUUGAUUGAUGGUUCUACAGGGGCCUGUAGCCCAUUGCUGCCACCUAGUGGAGCGGAGGGGGAAGUCCGGCUGGAAGCUGUUAUGAAUAUCAAAUAUUGCCAAACCCUGUUGGAUGUAGACACGUUGAAAAUGUUUGUCCUCCUCCCUGUUCACAUUUGCACUGUGUGUUUACACGGUUGUCGGGUCUCUUGAAUAUUCAAUCUCUGAGGAACUGGAGCGACUUGAUAAAAGGUAGAUCACUGCAGCUUUUAUUUAAUGUAGAUUUCCAACAUUUUUAAAUAGUUCUUUUUUUUUAAUGAAAAGAGAAGUUGAGUAAAGAUCAAUAUGUUGUAGUCUUCCAACGAGAAGAAGAGGUGUUUUGGGUGGAGCUUCAUUGAACUCCUGAUCUCUGACUUGCUUGAGCCAAGCAAAAUAUUUUAGCCAUCCACAAUAAAAAAAAAACACUGUUGUAGCAUAUGGAAGCCAAGCUCAUUGUGAUGU